AUGGGAAAAAUCAUGGAAGAGUGCUCCACCUGUGGAAAGAAGUUUCGGGCGGGACGCGACAUGGCAAGACAUCAGAUGAUCCAUAGUGGAGAAAAGCCCUUUGCCUGCGAUAUCUGUGGCCAUGCAUUCCGCGAAAAGUAUAGGAUGCUGCAGCAUCGUGGAAAUAAGGGAUGCAAAGCCCGAGCCAAAGAACAAAAGAUGCUUGCGGCAAAUGAAGAUGAAAAUGUGGUCGCGGAAAUGACCGAAGAAGACCCUGGACACGUUCCUGUUCCGAUGAAUGUUGAUCAAAGCUCACCGGCGGAGGACUUGGAUGAAGAAGAAGAGCCGGCCGAAAACGCUGAGAAUGAAGCUGGGGCUGCAUCUCCAGCGACUGGAGUCAAGAACGGCAUCUGGAUUAGUGGCGUUCCAAACGGCGUGCAAGCGGAUUCGAUCAAGAAGAUUCUGGUCGACAACGGAGUCAAGGGCCUUUUUUUGGAAUUGAAAGUCGCUCUUCACGUCAAAACUCAACAGAGCUUCGCCUACAUCGAGCUUGAGGACAAGCGGGACCACAAACUUGCCUUGAAAACAGGGACGGUUCUGAUCAACAACAAAGAUUUCGCCCAAGUCGCAGAAGACAUCGACCAGCUAAACAGCGAUGUCGAUGGCCUCAAAGUCAAUCAUUGCUCUUCGAACAACUGCCACAACGGAGCAACUUGCAUCAGUGGCAAUACCGGCUUCAGCUGCCAGUGCGCUCACGGCUGGACCGGAUCUACCUGCCAGGACGACUACAACGAAUGCACUGACCAUGGCGUUUACACUUGCUUGAACGGUGGGACUUGUUUUAAUUCGAAACCGCCGGAGAGAUUUUCAUGCACCUGCCCAGCGGAAUUUUACGGAACUCAUUGCGAGUCAAAACAUGACGAUUGUCCGAAAGGAGAUGAAUGUGGCCCACAUGGUUUUUGCGUGGACGGAGUCAGAACUCAUCCUGGCACAGCUAAGUACUCCUGCAUCUGCCAAAAAGGAUUCGAAUACGAUGAGAACAAAAAGACUUGCGAAAAUAUCGACGAGUGUGCAACUGGAGCGCACUUGUGCUACCCAGGAGUUGACUGCAUUGACAACAUUGGAUCCUACAGCUGCGGAGCUUGCCCAACUGGAAUGGCAGGAAAUGGCGUCGCAUGUGAAUCCGUCGAUUACUGUAGCAUUAACAAUGGUGGCUGCAGCCAAAAUCCAAAAGUUUCUUGUCGCAAAUCUUCGACUGGAACCAGUUGUGGCGAGUGUCCGAAUGGAUAUGAAGGUGACGGACGAUUUUGCAGAAAACACUCUGCUUGCGAUAGUAACCCUUGUUCCCCAUUUGCUACUUGUACCGACAACAACGGCGAGUUCUCUUGUAAAUGCGGUCAUGGCUACUCUGGAAAUGGUAUUGGCCCGGAUGGAUGCAAAGCUGAUGGACCUGGGCCAGACCCAAUCGACUGCAAUCUUGAAUGCAACAAUGGAGUCUGUCUCAUUCAGAACGGCUCCCCUGUCUGUAUCUGCUACCAAGGCUGGGCGGGAACUCACUGUGACGAACGAGGCGAUCCUUGCAAACCCAACCCUUGUUUUCAUAAUGCAGAGUGCGAGACUAUCAACGGCGGAACUGAUUUCAGAUGCACUUGUCCCGAUGACUGGACGGGUAAAAUUUGCAACUUGCCUGCUGGACAAUGCGGUGGAGACAUUGAAGAAUCUAGUGGAGUGAUUGAUUAUCCAACAGGAAUUGAUUAUUAUUCACCGAACACUAAAUGCAUUUGGAGCAUCGUUGUUGAUGGCGGAUUCGGGAUUUCAAUGGAUUUCUCCAAGUUUGAUUUGCCACCGAAGCAUGGAUCGACUUGCUUUACCUACGUUGAACUCAUUGAUGGAGAUGAGGAGGAAAAUGCGAUCAAAUACUGCGGCAAUAUCAUUCCCCAAGUAAACAAUACUUACACCAACAGAUUACAAGUGGUCUUCGCUGCUGACAGCUCCAACAACAAUCAAUACACUGGUUUCACCAUGUCGUGGGUGCAGGAAGAGACAAAAUGCGGCGGAGUUAUUCGCGUAAAUGGACCUGCUCAGCUCUCACUUCCGGUCUAUCCUCAACCAUAUAAUCCAUUUAUCGAGUGCGUCUGGGUCUUCGAAGCAGAUCCGCAAGAAAAACUACAACUGACGUUUACAAAUAUUGAUCUUUACUCUGGUCGGUGCGAAGAUCAAGUCGAGGUUUACGACGGACUGCAGACUGAAACCCGUCUUGGUCAGAUUUGUAACACGACAAGCGACGCUACUCUGAGUACGGAAACGCCAAUCGCUUAUGUGAUCUUUAGUACUUCGGGAAUGAACUCUUUCAAUAAAGGUUUCGAGUUGGGACUUGUUCCAAUGCCGACGGAAAACGAGUGCGGGGAAAAUCUUGAGGAAGAUGCUGGAGUUCUCAUGAGCGUGAACUACCCAGACCCAGGUUACGGAGCCGAUGAGUACUGUUUCUGGAGCAUUACAGUGGGCAUGCAUGAUCAUGUGGGAUUCACAUUCGAUGAGAUUGACAUGGAGGAUUCUUACUCUUACGGAUGCAAAUGGGACUCGCUCAAGGUCUUCAAAGGAUUCGACCACAAAGGAGAUCCAGAACAAAUCGUUUUCUGCGGCUACCAUAAGGCCGAUUUCAACGAUGCAAUUUGCGAGAACAAAACUUGCCGAGAACUGCCGGGAACGAUCGUUUCUCAUAAAAAUACGAUGGUGAUUGAAUUCAAGUCGGAUCGAUCGAACCACGGUAAAGGUUUUAAAGGAUCUUGGGAGACCACCUGCGGCGGUUCGUAUUUCACCGAGACCUACAUUUCCUCGCCGUAUUUUCCCAAUACGAUACCGUUCGCGAAGAUGUGCUCUUAUUACAUUACAGCGCCAGAAAACCAAAUUAUCCAGCUCAAUUUUGAAGUUUUCGCUCUUAGCUUGGACUCGUACUGCCCCGGUAAAAGCUCUCUUACAAUUCACGAUGGGCCAAAUGGAGGGAGCCCUCAGUUAGGAUAUUUAUGCGGCAAUGAGAUUCCAGAAACGAUCUUUUCUUCCGGCAGAAACAUCUUCAUGAUGUUUAAUCAUAUUCCAUCUGAAGAUGAUCACGGUUUCUUGCUCAAAACGACGUUCGAUUAUGAAGGCUGCGGACAAACCUUCACUGGUGAUAGUGGUUUUAUUCGAUCCCCUGGAUAUCCUCAGCCAUAUCCGCAUAAUCUCGACUGUGUUUAUUUUAUUCGAGGAGACUCUGGAAAUUUGAUAGAACUGGAGUUCAUUUAUUUGAAAUUAGAAGGCUACUCGACUUGCACUGAUUACCUCGCAAUCUGGGAUGCUCCCGUCGUCGGCAACACAACCGAUGAUCCAACCUUCCUCGGCAAAUUUUGCAGAGAUCCGCCAGAUAUGAUCCAUUCGAGCUCUGAAUACUUGACGAUGAAGUUCCAUACUGAUUUCUCGACAGCAUACGAAGGCUUCGAGCUUGCAUACCGACAAGUGCAUCCAGAUUUUGUCUGUUCGAGAGUAAUUCAAACGCCGGACGGUGUUCAUCUUUCGCCUGGAUAUCCUGGCUCUUAUCGACCAUCUUUGGACUGUUUCAUCACCAUCAAAGUCCUCGUGGGUCAUCAAAUCGACGCUUUCUUUCCUGAAUUCAAUCUUCGACCAUCUUCUGACUGCUCUAUUGACUCUAUGUCGAUCCACGAUGGUGGCAGCAGCGAGAACCUUCUGAUCGGAAAAUACUGCGGCGCGUAUGGAAGCACUAACUCUCCACCGCAUCAAAAUGAUGAACCGAUUCACUCCGCCAUGAAUACUCUUUUGUUCCAUUUUGUAUCAGAUUCAAGCUCUGAUGGACUUGACACCAAUCCAGACUCGCCAAACAAGUUCAAGCUGAAGUGGGAAUCAGAACUGGGCACUUGCGGCGGCACUGGAACUGGAACAGAAGGAAUUCUUUCCAGCCCUGGUUGGCCAAGUGGAUAUGAGAACAACAUGGAUUGUCUUUGGAUCGUCACAACUAAUGCUGGGUCGGCGAUCCUUUUCGAAUUUGACGACUUUUUCUUGGAGACGGGCACUUCUCAUGGUUGCACACGCGAUUGGGUCCAAUUCUUCGAUGGGCCAACAACCACUUCAUUUGCUCUUACCGACCGACUGUGUGGAACAGAAGGCGGCGAUGAUCCAGUAAGAUCGAACUCUUCCGUCGUUGCGAUUGAAAUGCACUCGGAUAUGUCAAACAGCAAUAAUGAACGAGGCUUCAAGCUGCAUUGGUCGACUGUUCGAUUUAACGAAAUCAGCUUGGCACUAGAAGGUUUGAUUCAAUCACACAACUACCCAGGCCACUAUCCACUUCAAAACACCUACUGGAUUGUCUAUUUCUCCCCCGGUUUCAACAUCGACAUUUCUUUCAACAAUUUCAAUCUCGGCGGUUGCGAUAGCAGCUGCCCGCUUGAGCAAAACUGCGACUACCUCGACAUCUACACAGAUUACAACAAAAAUGACAGAAAAGCACGCUUUUGCGGACAAACCGCGAAUGCAAUCGAAGUGCAAGAGGAAAAAGGACUGGUAUAUUUUGAUUUCGUUCCGAUGCGAAGCGAUAUUACUCAGACUGGAACUGGUUUUGAGCUGCAGUACCAGCCGAAAGGAUAUUUUGAGAAACUAAACGAAGAGUCCGGAACACUUCAGAGUCUCAAUUUCAACUCAAAUGGCAUCACUGAAAAUAUGGCUCAAUUUUGGCAAAUACAGGUUCCUCAAAAUACGACGACUGGAAAUAUGAUCGAGAUUUCAAUGGCUUCUGGAACUUACCUCGGUAGUUCAUCGACCUAUGUCAAUUUGUACAUCGGAAGCGUCAUGGACGAGAAAAACUUGCUGGCAACUUGGUCUCGUGCUGGAAAUAGCAAAUUAACUUCUCAUACAGGAGAAAUGCUCGUUGUUCUGAUGGCAAACGAGCAGAGAUACACCAGUGGCAUCAAAUUCAAAGCUACUUACCGCUCUGUUCCAGGCAUCUGCGGCGGAGAGCUUCACGAGCACGACGGAAAGAUCCAGUCUCCUGGUUUCCCUGGCUUGUAUCCGCCAAAAACUGAAUGUCUUUGGCAAAUUGACCUGAGCCCCGGUUCCGACAGUGAUAAAAUUAUUCGAUUUUCAUGGAUUGCAAUGGAUCUUGAGAAAACUUACAGCUGUCCCGAUUAUGUUGAGUUCUUUGAUGGAGCCAGCAUUUACGAUGAAAGUCUUGGGAAAUUCUGUGGAACGUAUGAGCCUGACGAGCUUCCGGAAGGAGUCAUGUCUACUGGCCCACGAGCGCUGGUCAAGUUCAAGAGUGACAGUAGCGUCGAAAAGACAGGUUUUCAGCUGGCUUAUCAUGAUAAUUGCGGAGGCUAUCAUUUUGCUAAUGGAACGAAACAGUUUCUCGCGACGCCAAAUUAUCCAAGUUAUUACGUCGCUCCUGCUUAUUGUACCUGGACGAUUCAAGCUUCGAUUCCCGGCGAACGAGUUCUCCUUCACUUUGACCACUUUGACACUUAUUUUGAUCACACAGAAGAGGGAUGCAAAAAUGCUCAUUAUGUCCAAAUCUUCGAAGGUGCUGCGCCCGAUGAUGUCGAUAUCGACAAGCAUUGCGGAAUAAGUGCACCUGGACCUUAUCACUCAAAAGGCUCCAUUGUUCGUGUACUUUUUGACGCUACCUACGAUUCUGGUGACAAUAAACGAAGUGGGUUCACUUUCGACUAUUCCACGGAAGAAGAUCGCUGCGGAGGUGACUGGAGCGGAAUCACGGGCAACAUUCGCUACCCUCCGACUGAUCAAAUUGAAGCUGACUGUACUUGGAACGUUUUUCAGUCUCCUGGAAAUCCAGUCGAGCUGACACUUAUCUUCAAUACGAACAACAACCCCGAUUGCUCUAGGAACUAUCUUUGGAUCAAUGCCACUUUUGAUGGCGUUUCUGAGGAGUUGAUCUACUGUGACAAGCAGCAAAACGCAUCAAACUGGCUUGUGCAGUACCAUUACGAGACAUACGAAAUCAGAUACGUUUCUGAUGGAUCUCUCUUUGGACACAGCUUUGAAGGAACUCUCGUGAUGAAUUCUGGCGCCUCGAAGCCAUUUUUGUCCCCGGCCGGGCAAAUUACCUCUCCACUCUACCCAAGACUGUAUCCUCAGAGAAUCGACGCGACUUGGACACUUCAAGCAAAAUCAACAAGUGUCAUUCGAUACGAGAUAUCUUUCUUCGACGUCAUUUGCACAGACAGGUUCAUGCUGAUCAAUGGCGAACUCGGCUCUAGUCCUCAGUUUUUCGAUGGCUGCGGCGACUAUCUUCAAGAAAAUCCAGAAAAAGCAAAGGGCAUCUCUUCUGGGAAUAUUUUGACAUUGAGGCUCGUUACAAACUCGGAAAUCUCAGGCCAUGGCUUUUUCCUGAACUACACGCAUGUUGAUGGAUCAGGGGAAAUUCCAGUCUUUCCGUAUCCCGACCCAAUUAAUCAGGGAGAAUGUGGAAAUGAACUUGUCAUUGCUGGAAUGGAAUGGCUGCCGUUCAUUUCUCCUGGCUUUCCGAACGGGUACCAAAAUAAUUUGGACUGUUUCUGGUAUUUCAAAACGACCCACAAUGCAUCGAUUCUAUUCAACUUCGAGAUCAUCGAAAUUGAAAGAGAUCACGAUUGCCGAGCAGAUUUCAUCAAAGUUUAUGAUGGUCCAACAACUGCUAACGAAGCAACACUCUUACCUUGCGGCAACGCUGAGAACGUCACGGUCAAAACAACAGGAGCUGAUGCAAUCGUUCACUUCCACACGAACGCUGCUCACACAGAUCCUGGAUUCAAAGCGUAUUAUCGACAAAUCUGCGGUGGCGUUUUCAAAGGAUCAACGGGCACAAUUCAGUCUUGGAAUUAUCCUCAGGCUUACAACGCAUCGGAUGACAUUUGCGAGUAUAUCAUCAAACUGGAUCCCGGAGUGGUGGCAAAGCUCGACUUUGCAAGUCCCUUUGGAAUCGACGGCGAUCAGAAACGAAACUGCACAGGCGAUGAUGAUGGCUAUUUAGAGCUGCACAAUGGCUAUCCAGAUGGACCAACGUUCUUCCCAGAAGGAGAGUGGAGCCAUUACGAUAGAUACUGUGGUUUUUAUGAAGCCAUGCCUCCAUUUAAAUCAACAACGAACACAAUCUCUCUUCUCUUCAAAGCCGGCCCGAACAACAGAGAAUACCAAGGCUUCAAGGUCUCCUGGCGACAACCAACGCUCGGCUGCGGCGAAGAAUUGGAAGUCACAGAUGCUCUGCAAACGAUUGAAUCUCCAUCAAUCACUGAAACAAAAACUGACUGCAUUUGGACUCUUACUGUUGAGCCAGAGCACACAAUCAUGCUUGAUUUCUUACGCUUUGAUCUCAAAACCGACGGAAAAAAUGACUGUUUCGAGGCAUAUGUGGCGAUAUACGACACUUUGAUUAGCCACGAUGAUGUCUUCAAGCUCUUUUGCGGGUCUACAAAACCUCCAACAACGAAAACAGUCGGUAACGUGAUGAAGAUUGUCUAUCACCAAUCGAAAGCAGUGAGGGGGUGGGAGGCAAACUAUACUAGAAAUGCAUGUGGCGGAUAUCAUACAGGAACGAGCGGUUCUAUUUCCGCUGAAGAGCCCAUUAGGCCGAUACGGGUUUCGGACGUCAACUGUGAAAAUAUCAUUCAGUCGCCAGAUCAUCAUGAAGUCUCUAUUGAUUUCUAUGGAGAUUUCGAUGUGCCGUGCCAGAAGUCAGGAGGCUCUUAUCUUUCCGGAGACUUUUUGGAAAUUGUGGAAUGGUCAGACGAGGGGUACUUUUUGAUCGUCGAUCCUCUCACUCAACGAGUAAUGGCAAUGGACCUAGAAACAAAAGAUUUAGUGAUGCGCCUUCCAAAAGCAGAUCCAGAUGGCAUCUACGACGAGCUCUGGGAGUGGGAUCAUGUUUAUCUGCGAAAUGUUCAGCUUCCCUCGCGAGGUAUUACCAUCGACUCUCGCGCAGAUGGCCCAGUAGCUGGGGAUCCGUUGAAAGUCAGCAAGCUUAUGCAGCUUGAUACUCAAAAAUGGAUGCUUUCCGAUGGAAAGCUCAGACUCAUCGAUGAAGAAAUCAAUUUAUGCAUUGCUGCGCAUCCAUACGAACCUGCUCUUUCCAUGCAGCCAUGCGAUACAGCAGGAGUCCUUACUGACUUCAAACAAGAACACACAAAGAUCGGAAGAUCGCUCGGCAAAUUCUGCGGCAAUCAAGCAGACAUGCCAGAGAAAACCAUCAAAAGUCGAACACCAGGAGUGCUUGUUCUCCAUCACAUUCAAGCUGGUCAUUCUGGCAGCGCUUGGAAUUUAAACUGGACUGCUACUCCCAAUAAUUGCGCAGAAGAACUCACUGAAGACGCUGGAACCAUUCUCAGUCCUAAAUAUCCAGAUCCUUAUGAAUCCAAUAAGCGCUGUGAGUGGCGAAUCACUGUCAAUCCUCGAAACAGCAUCAUUUUGACCUUCUCUGAUUUUGAUCUAAAGGCUCCUGAUGAUACGUAUGGCUGCUUGAAUCACUAUGUCCAGGUCUAUGGCGGUCUUUACAUCGACUCACCAGAACUUACCGAGCGUCUUUGUGGAGCUGCCCUUCCGAUGCCCGUCCAAUCUCAGGGAAAUACGAUGAAGAUCGUUUUUGACAUUGGAAACGACGCGGCACCUAAUGGCAGAGGCUUUAUCGCUGAUUAUAACGGACAAAUCGCUCCAAAAACAUGCGGAAGCAUCGGACCAGUUGUACUGGACGAGCCGACUGAAAUCAGCUCUCCAAACUAUCCAAACAACUACACAGACAAUAGCGAGUGCAUUUGGACCGUUCAAAACACCUGGGUUACUGGAACGAUUUACUACGAGUUCAACGAUCUCGAGGUCGAAGAUGGAUGCGUUGACAAGCUCGAUUUCUAUCUCGUAGGACCCUAUGAUCAGCCACAGCUUCAAGCCCCUCAGCACACUCUUUGUGGCAAGAGUAAUCCAAAACCAUUCGGUAUUCCUGGACCUGUUAAUGACAUCCGCUUCUCUACCAAUCACAACACCAACUACAAGGGAUUCGACAUGACUGUAACGGAGCACUCCUGUGGUGGAAUUUUCGGAGCCGUAGGAGUCAACUGGCAAGUUGGCGGCAGAAUGACCUCGCCUAACUACCCGGACAACUAUGACAGUGAUGAUUACUGCAUUUGGUACCUUGUUGCUCCUGAGGGAAAAAUUCUGACUUAUUACUUUGACACUUUUGAUCUAGAUGGCGCUACAACUCCAUCUGAAUGCAGAGACUAUGAUUGGCUAAAGGUCUACGAAGGAAUCUUUCAAUCACGUGAAAAACAUUUCUGGUGCUCGACGAACAAGCCAACAAUCGGAGAAGAAAUGCACUCAAGUCAGAACAUGCUCAAGUUCAUCUUUAAAACCGACAAUCGAGGCGAACGAUCUGGCUACGCGAUGCAGUGGAAUUUCUCAGGCAACGAGUGCGGCAAUCAAAUCCUCCAAGAACAAGAAGGAACAAUCAGCUCUCCAGGCUAUUUCAGUACCCCAGCUACUAACUAUCCGGCGAAUAUGAACUGCGUCUGGACAAUCAAUGCUGAGAAAAAUGCCCAUGUCGAACUUACAUUUACUGAUUUCUGGCUGCAAGAGCCGGAUAACGACUUAUGUUUGACUGAUUAUGUCGAUGUUUGGAACGGAAAGGAAGUCAAUACAGACAGAAUCGGCCAGUACUGCGGUAGAAGACUUCCUCCUCCAGCCAGAUCAAAUCUCGAUCAUUUGGUUCUGAACAUGAUCUCUGAUGGCAACUUGGAAUACAAAGGCUUCGCUGCAAAAUACGAACAAGUUUGUGGCACACUCUUUGUCGACGAAUACAUCGGUUACAUCACAAAUGUCGGCUUCGGUCUCGGAAGCUACCGCCCGAAUACAGAUUGUUACUGGAACAUUACGAUGAGUGAUAAAAACUCGCUGAUUGAAGCGCGUUUCUUAGAAUUUGACGUUGAAGAUUCUCCUGGUUGCUCGAGCGAUUUCGUCGCGAUUUAUGAAAAUGAAAAGGCACAAGAGAAUCUCGUGCGAAAAGUUUGCGGGUCUGAUCGACCAAGUGGCUUCAUAAGUGCUCGCGGGUCGAUGAUUGUCAAUUUUGUGACAAACGAUAAGGUGGAAAAGAGCGGGUUUGAAAUGCAAUUUACUGUUGACGAAUGUGGUGGAACUUAUGAAGGCGCAUUUGGAAGGAUUGCAAACUGGCAUCCGGACGGGUUUGUCGGCCAGCAUCAGAAUCUCGAUUGUAUCUGGCUCUUGCGAACAGAAGAUACGAGCUAUUCAGUCAAAGUCACUAGCUGGAUUCAUUUCGACCUCCCUGUCAAUGUGAACUGCUCUUCUGGAACACAUGGAAGUUAUCUCGCCGCUUUUGAAGGAGAUAGUACCCAAGAAGCCGAUCUUAUUGGACGAUACUGUGGAAAGAGUCCACCGAGGUUUUUGCAGUCAAAGUCGAAUUCAAUGACUUUGCGUUACAAAACAGAUGCUGAAAUUCCAUCUGCCGGUUUUGAACUGAAAUGGGCUCAAACCAUCGGUGCUACUUACGGGUGUGGAGGUGAUAUUCGAGUCACAACCACUGCUACGAUUCAAUCGCCACUGUAUCCGGCCGCGGACUACCCAGAUAAUCUCGAAUGCGUCUGGAAUAUUUACAGCGAGGAGCCGGGAAUAUCACUAAAAUAUGAAAUCAAACACUUUGACCUCGAGCCGCUCGAAGGUUUCACGGGAGUUUGCUACGACUAUGUUGAAAUCAUCGACGGAGCCUCUUUCCAAGAUCGAGUUAUGUUCGGACCUGCUUGUGGGGAAAUCGGACACCAGGUGGUCAAAGGAACGCAUCAACAAAAUGUGAUGAUUUUUGUCUCUGACGAGGUCACGGGCGCUAGUGGGUUUGAAAUUCUAGUGACGGCGUAUGUUUCGCAGUGUGGCGGAGAGCUUGCUGUUAGUGAUGAGUAUCAGAAUGUAAACUGGAAUUACAUGGGAGACAAUUCUCAUUGCCAGUGGACUCUAAAAACUGACAAGCAUCACUAUAUUUCCAUUGAGACUCAGACCAUGAGUCUUCCAGCGCCCACUGACGAGUAUAAUCUUCCGAUCAGCCUGCGCGCAACGGAAAAUUAUCAAGUUCUUCUGGAUAGUCUCGUAGCUCGCCGAGUAACUAGAAUCGAUAUUACAGCUGACAUCAACAAAACAGUCCUUUUCUCACUUCCCUUUUUCCUUGGUCUUUUCGACGAUUACAACCAAGACCCUCGAUUCUACAUCAAAUUCGCUGUGAAACUCACUCAACCUGAUUUGUACGAAACGACCAUUUCCAACGCUCAGUAUGAAAAGCUUGCGACAGUUCAGCAUACAGUGCAGGAUUUUUACGAUCUUCUCGACUUCAUCGAACUUAGAAUCGAAGACCAUUACAUUGGAGUUUGGAAUAAGGACACGGGCGCGCUUUUUAUAGAAGUAGAUGAUUCGAUCGAAAACGCAUUCAUCGAUCGAAAAGAACUGACGACGCUGAAGGUGAAAACACAAGAAUUCCCCGGUACUUUCACUGUUACCCAAGUUGCUUAUGGCGUCAGUGGAGCAACGCAGGUCUUCCAAUUGGAACCGAUGCAGGUCUCCAAGGGAAAGAAGCUUGGAGAGCUGGAGAGAAUGUACAAAACGGUCUCAGUCGAACUAGACGUCAAGCUUGACGCAAGAAAUGACCUGGAUACAUGGGUGAACAUUCUUCAAGUGACACUCAAUAACGACCAAGGAAAUAGUGUUGAUGGAGAUCGAAUGCCUCUUAUCAGUCUUCAGCCGACUUCUUCUCAAUUUCACAUCUCCUGGGGACUCAACGGGCAGAGCAACUAUGUGACGAUCACGGACAAUCAACCUCUCCAAAAAUGGAUUCACCUCGAAAUAACUCAAUCGAAGAUCUCAAAUGGCAAAUACAUCCUGGACAUUAAAGUUGACGGACGAAACUACGCCGGAGUUGUGCAGGAACAACCACGUGAUUAUGUCGAUAUGCUUGUCUAUGCGUCCAAUCCAUGGAGUGAUGCAGCCCAUGCCGAGAUUCGCAAUUUGAAGAUCACUACUCAAAGCGAUGGAAGCUGGGAGGUGUUCACGGGCGAGGAUUGCCGAGAGCCUUGUGGAGGAACUGGCUCGUGUGAUUUCUGUGGGACGGUUGGCUUCUGCUGUUCUGGAAAUACACACAAUACGAAUGAAGGGUGCACUACUGACAUGCUCGCAGCGGUUGCUGCUUCUGGUGCCAGUGGCCAUGUUUGUGUUUCCUAUCCACAGGACAGCACCUGUUCCGACUGGUCUUUCAAGCGCGAAACUCUCUGCAACUGCGACGACUCCGGAUACGACACACACAUGGUCGACAAAGGCGUCAUUGAGUGCGAAAUGUUUUGCGAAAACGACCUCCGCUGUAUUGGUUUCGUCUAUCAAGAAGCUUCUAAUUUAUGUGUCCUUGUCGACACGAUCACAGACGAUUGCUCGGAAAUGCCAGGAUUUUUGAUGGGAUUUUUGAACAGAUAUGAGUGCGCUAACAACCACAACUGCGACAACAGCUUUGUUGAGUUCGCCGACAUCAAUGUUCAACACGGAGUUGGGCAGAGAAAAAGAUAUUGCGGAAGUCAAAAACCUCCGAUCUUUGCCUCUCUUGGAAGUUAUGCUACAAUAACAACGCAGCACGAUGGUUCUGGACGAAAUCCAACUUUCACCGCUCGAGUAAAAGGCGAAGUUUGCAAUCGAGUUUUGGAAGACUCAAGUGGCGUGAUUCUGUCGCACUUUGGUGGAGGCUACUAUCCGAAAAACCUCAAUUGCCAAAUUCGAAUCCAAGGAGAGCAAGGGAGCAAAAUGGCAGUCUUCUUUUCGUUCUUCGAUUUGGAAUGCUCGGAUAGCUGUAGAAAUGACAAGCUGGUGAUUGGAAGUAGAGAGACUUAUUGCUGCAAGGAGCUGCCUGAGCCGCAUUUUUACUCGGGAAAUUAUCUUCAACUUGACUUCACGACUGACAUCAACGAAGUCGUUGGCGAGGGUUUCAAAGCCGACUACACUUGCAAUCACGCCGGCUGCGGCGGAAAAGUCAGCGGCUACAACGGUUAUCUUUACCCCUUCGACUGGCCGAGAAUGUACGAUAGCAACCAAAACUGCGAGUGGCAGAUUCAAUCAGCCGACGAUACGGCCAUGUAUGUCAAGAUCAAGGAGUUGAACAUUUUCCCCAACGGAACUGACAAGGGUUCUUCUUGCUUUGACGACGAAUACUUACAGAUCUUCGAAGCAAGCCCCCAAGACCCACACCACAAAUCAAUGCUCAAAACCUGCGGAACUGGUUCACAACCUCCAGUAACCAUUUACGCUCGAUACGGACCAAAUGCGCUUGCGACCGUUGUUUUCAAAACUGGCAACAGAUCUAGAUCGGGAAUAGAGGGAAAUUGGAAUGGAUUUAAAAUCAACUGGUAUCAAAAAGUCUAG